AUGCCUGCCCUGAAAGCUGCCAAAGAUUUUGAUAUUUUUAUUCCACGUGGAGAUAACAUCACGAUUAAAAUAAACCGUGGGGCCGGAGCUCAGCCAACAAAAUUCUGCAACAUUGUUUUCCAGAGAAAACGUUUCCUCACAUUGGCCAUCAAACCUGAUGUAAGAACCGUCUUUAGCUUUGACUGCCCUGAUCCAGAGAAGCAUUAUGUCCUAGAAGUCGAGAAGAAUAUUGACUGCAUGUCAGGUCCGUGUCCUUUUGGAGAAGUGCAACUCCAGCCUUCAAGAUUACCUGCCCUAAACAGAACAUUCACCUGGAUUGUGAAAGCUAGCCCAAGAGUCGGCCUCGAGCUGCAGUUCUCCAGCCCUCGGUUGAAACAAAUUGGUCCAGGAGACACUUGCCCAGACUUGGUUACCUAUAACAUCAGUGGCUCUAUUGAGAAGACAGCUUUCAACAUUGGAACCUUCUGUAGCAAUGGCACAAUCUCACGCAUCAAGGUGCAAGGAGGAGUCAAGUUGGCCUUAUACUUACCAUGGAAUGAACAUAGAAACUUUUCUGGUUUCAAUAUUACAAACCGGUCUUCUAUAAAACGACUCUGCAUCAUUGAAUCUGUGUUUGAAGGAGAGGGCUCAGCAACCCUGAUGUCCGCCAACUACCCCAAUGGGUUCCCAGAAGAUGAGCUCAUGUCAUGGCAAUUUGUCAUCCCUCCUCACCUCCGAGCCAGUGUAUCUUUCCUCAACUACACCCUCUCCAACUGUGAGAGGAAGGAGGAAAGGGUCGAGUACUAUAUCCCAGGAUCACACACGAAUCCAGAGGUGUUUCAACUUGGAGAUAAGCAGCCCGGUAACAUGGCUGGGAAUUUCAACCUGUCCCUACAAGGCUGCGAUCAGGAUUCCCAAAGCCCUGGGGCCCUCCGACUGCUCUUUGAAGUUUUGGUUCAGCACCCUCAGAAUGAAAGCAACAAGGUCUACACAAUUGACUUAAGCAAUGAAAGAGCCAUGUUGCUGACCAUUGAGCCAAGACCAGUGAAGAUGAGCCGGCACUUCGUUCCUGCCUGCUUAAUCUGCCAGGGGCCUCGAAGAUGCAGCUCUAACCUGACCCUGACAGCUGGCAACAAAUAUGAGAUUUCUUUCCUUUGUGAUGAUAUGAGCCGCCUGUGGAUCCUUGCGGAAAAAACAAUCAGUUGUACAGACAUCGGAUACUGUAUCAGGAAGAGCUACCAUCUUCUUGUCCCCAGUGACAUCAUCCAGCUGCCUGUUCAGCUACGUGACUAUACAUGGAAGCUGCUAGUUCCAAAGGACAAAAUCAGCCUCCAGAUGACCCCUGCCCAGAAGCUUCAGCAGCACACUCAUGAUAAAAACUGUGAGACCACGUUCAGCUAUGUGCUAUCCAGUACCAGUCAAGGCCAGAACCUCCAUUUUGGUUCCUUCUGCCCUGGGGGGUCCAUUGAGAAGAUUCAGGUGAAAACAAACAUCUCUGUGGUCCUCAGAACAUUUUUGCCAGGGUUCUCUAGAGAAUCUUUCAAACAGGGGAUGACGGUGACAUUUACACACUCUCUCAAAGAUGAAGGCGUUUUUACUGUGACCCCAAACUCCACCACCAAAGUUUACCUGAGGACCCCUAACUGGGAUCGAGGCCUGCCCCCUCUAACCUCCGUGUCUUGGAACAUAUCAGUGCCUAACAAUCAGGUGGCCCGCCUGACAUUCUCCAAGGAACGAAUGGGCGUAUCCUGUGAGACAGGCCGGGCCUUCAUGAUCAUUCAGGAGCAAAAGUCAAAGGCCGAAGAGAUUGUCAGCCGAGAUGAUGAGCUGCUGCCCAAGCCCAGAGACUUACAUCACAACUUCUGGGUCAACAUUUCCAAUUGCAGCCCAAUGAAUGGCAAACAACUAGAUCUCCAGUUCUGUGUGUCUCUCACCCCAAGGAAGAUAGACAUGAUGGUGAUCAUCCUUGCUGCUGUGGGUGGUGGAGCAACACUGCUCUUUGCUCUGGGACUUCUCAUUUGCUAUGCUAAAAAGAGCAAGAAAAAGAAGAAGGUUAGCAAGAGCCCUGCGGUGGGCAUAUACAAUGGCAAUAUCAACACUCAGAUGCCCGGGCAGGUCGGUAAGUUCCAGAAAGGGCGCAAAGACAAUGACUCUCACGUCUAUGCAGUCAUCGAUGACACCAUGGUAUAUGGGCAUUUGCUCAAUGGAUCAAAUGGGUCCUCCACCAGUCCAGAAGUGGAUGUGUAUCGACCCUUCCAGGGCCCCAUGGGAGACAGACCUCCUUCCCCACCUCCCAUCUGCUCCAGGAUCUCUACAAGGAAACUACACCCAGAGGACCCUCUCCCAUUCCUCCUUCCUGAGUCUGAUGGGGAACCUUAUACUUUCUCUCAUCCCAAAAAGGUAGAGCUCAAAAGCAAUGGAGACAAUGAGAUACCCUUGUUGGAAAAGAAGGCACUAGAAGAUGUCAUAGAAUAACUUGGAAUCACCCCCUCCCCCACAAAAGAGUGCCUCAAAAACUCUACCAAGAGGCUCCUGAGUCAUCCUCACAGGAAGACAAGGAAAGAAGAGAUUUUAUGGUAGAAACAAGAGGGUAAAUUCCAGAAAAUAUCUCCAGAUGAACUAAUUCUAGUGGUAUCAAAUCAAAUUGGUAACCAUGUUGUUGUUUUUUAUUUGGAUACAACGGUCAGAGUUCAUGGUUUUAUUAAAAACUUGCACGGGAAAUAAAGACUGAAGGAUCUGGGAUUCACUAGCCUGUGCAUGUCAGACAAUGGAACCAGGAAGUGUAAGAGCCCAGGAAUGAGGCACUGGAAGCUUUGAAGAGUGAAGGGGCUGAGUCAUGCAGAGGCCUGAGUUCUUGGGUCUGGGUGCCCAGAAUGAUCCAUUUCAUGAACUCAAGGGUCUGCCUCUCCUCUGAUGGGGACUCCUUGGUGCAGAUGUGACUUUACAAAAAAAAAAACCAAACAACUUAUUUACUUGUGAAUUUGAAAGUCAGAAUGGGUAAAGAAUUCUCCUCAGUGGCUUAGCAAGAAAGAUGUGCUGAUUAUCUGGGGUGGUUAGAUUUGGGAGUCUACUAACCUGGAGGCAAAAAAAAAAAAUGUGACUGUUGUGGCUUCUUUCAAAGUUAAAGUACUUUGGGUUCUCUUUGGUCAGUCAAAUUAGAUACGUGGUUUCAGGGCAAGUAGGAUGUGUGCCAUCAUAGACUUAUAGGUAGAAAGGGCUUUAGAGGUUGUCUAGUACAAGCCCCUCGCUUUACAGGUAAGGAAACUGAGACUCAAAGAAAUAACUAUAUACACAUAUGUAGAUGUUUGCAUAUAUGCACAUACAUAUGUGUGUGCACAUGCAUAUGUGUACAUGCAUAUACAUGUGUGUAUGUGCUUCAACACAUUGAUCACUGGUCCCCUUUGCCUCUUUUACUCUCCCAUGGUUCUCUAGCCCCAUU